AAAACCCGUCUCACCGCCUCUAAUCCAUCCUUCCCUGCUCCAACCAACACAACACCCGAUCAAGGCCAGAGCUUCCCAUCCGCACCGCGGCACUGCGAGUUCGCGAGGCCUGCAGAGCGUACACGGGGGUCGGUCGAUCUCGAUCAAGCGGCAAGAAUGGCGGCGACAGGAUGCGCUCAAAGCCGACGGUUCGCCGCAGCGUGCGGCGUUCUCAGCCGCUGUAUCAAGGCGGCAGAGCAGCGGCCGGCGGCCACGGUGGUCCUCCCCCUCAUGCCCGGAGCGGAAGUGCCCGCGCAAGAUGAGCACGCGGUGGGCUCUGCACCGGCGCACGCGCAGAUGACCAUCUUCUACGGCGGGCAGGUGCUGGUUCUGGACGAGGUCCCGGCCGACAGGGCCGCCGAUGUGCUCCGUGUCGCUGCCGUCUCAGGCAGACCGCGAGGGGACGGCGACCUGCCCAUGGCGAGGAAGGCGUCGCUGCAGCGGUUCAUGGAGAAGCGCAAGGGGAGGCGCGCCGUCCCCUACAGCCGGCCCGACGGCGACGGGUUCUCCUGUAACCGUCUUACGCUUACGCUCUGAUUCCUGUUCACGCAUACCCUCUGAUUCGUGUUCAUGAUGCGUCGUAGUAUAUGUAGCCUAAGUAAUUUAUGGUCCAUGUAAAUGUGUAGCUGUUGUUGGAGUCAAAAUUCUGAAUUAUGAUGAGAAAUUAUUGC